CUCUAAUCAAGAAGAUUAGAGAUUCCUGCGCGCCCGGAAAUCCCAAUUCCCCCCCUGCUCCCCCGCCCCCCCCUCGCCCCACUCCUGCCCCCCAUCCUAAUUACCCUCCUCCCCCUCCUCUCCAAUGCCCCUUCCCCGGACUUCCCCGUCUAUUCCCUGUCCCCGUCCCAGCUCUCGCAGCCCGCUGCUCUCCUCCCCCUCUCAUCAUGUCUCUCCUCCUCCUCUGUGUCUCUCCCAGGACGUCGGCUGAUCCGGGGCCGCCAGGGAAGGGCUUGGGGCUGCAGGAAGGGAGCUGGAGCUCCGGCGGUGGCCUGGCUGCUCUUGUUUUGUAUUAAAAUGAGGAGGAGGAAGAAGAAGCUGCAGCAGCCAGAACCCCUUCACCUACCCGGAGAGCAGCAGUAGCGGAGAGCUCGGCGGUGGCGGCAGGAGGAGGAGGAGGAGGGAUGAGUCAAUACAACUAAUAAUUUAAUGGGGACACAGCGAGGCUGAGAGACAGAAGCGAAGCAGCAGCUCUGGACACAAUACACAGCAGCCCCCAGCGGAGCAGCACAACUCCCAUCCUCUGCCCAUUGUCACUCCACCAUUGGCAGAAACUACUGAGCACUUCUUCUCCUUCAGCCUGUGAUCCUCCUCCCUCCCCCUGCUCUCACUUUCCUCACUUGUCUUUUCUUCCAUUUAUUGUUAUUAUUUAUUUAUUUCCCCCCUCCCCUCCCCCCAUCAGUGUGAUCAGCUCCCACCCCUACCUCCCAUCUACUUAUACAUACACCUGUCAACUACUCCCAGCUCCAAUCUCCGGCUUAUCGCACAUCCUGGAAGAAACUUUGCUGCUUUUUAAUUUUUUUAUUUAUUGAAUGGACUUGGCGAUAGCUCCGUGUUAUCCGCCACCCCCCUCCCCUUUUCCUAUACUUGAUCAUCUCCAUCUUCUGAUGUGCCCCCUGUUGUCACUAUGCUGGGGCUUGAUUUGAUUGCAAGCUUCUCGGACUCGUCCCCUGACUGACCCAGUGACUGCUCCAGCUGCUGCUUCUUCCUCUUCUGAGCAUCUCUGAUCAUUCAUCUACUUUUGUGAUCUGAACAGUUUCCUCCUCACAUCAGACUUGUCCUCCCCUCGCACGUUUUGUUCAUCGCUGCUCGAUCUAGAUUAUUAUUUUAUUAUUUAUUUAUAUUUUUUUUUAUUUUGCUCCUCCAUAUUGGGGAAGAACAUAAACAUAAUCGUAUAGAAGAGAGGAAUCCUGGGGUGCUGCUAUCGAGAGGCGAGAUUUUCCUUUUAUAUGUUGCGGGGCGGUGAUCCUUAGAGGCGGGACUGAGCAUGGAUCAUUCGAACGAGACAACUCAGGGGAUAGAACAUUCAGAAAUGUCUAACAAUGUAAGCGAUCCAAAAGGUCCGCCAGCCAAAAUAGCCCGCCUUGAGCAGAAUGGAAGUCCUCUAGGAAGAGGAAGAAUUGGAAGCACAGGAGCAAAAAUGCAAGGGGUGCCACUUAGACACUCUACACCUAUGAUGAGGUCCGGUCACAGAAAAGGAAACAUGCUUCCAGUUUUCUGUGUCGUGGAACAUUAUGAAAAUUUCAUUGAGUACGACUGCAAAGAAGAACACGCAGAAUUUGUCCUGGUUAGGAAGGACAUGCUUUUCAACCAGUUGAUCGAAAUGGCACUGCUCUCCCUUGGAUAUUCUCACAGCGCUGCUGCCCAGGCCAAAGGGCUAAUCCAGGUGGGUAAAUGGAAUCCAGUUCCACUCUCCUGUGUGACAGAUGCUCCCGAUGCAACUGUAGCAGAUAUGCUCCAAGACGUGUUUCAUGUGGUCACCCUGAAAAUACAGCUACACAGUUGCCCUAAACUUGAAGACUUACCUCCUGAACAGUGGUCCCACAUAACCGUACGCAACGCUCUGAAGGACUUACUGAAAGAUAUGAACCAGAGCUCACUAGCUAAGGAAUGCCCUCUAUCACAGAGUAUGAUUUCUUCCAUUGUGAACAGCACUUACUAUGCAAAUGUCUCAGCAGCAAAAUGUCAAGAAUUUGGAAGGUGGUAUAAACAUUUCAAGAAGACACGAGAUAUGAUGGUUGACAUGGAAGACCUGUCUGAAAUAUCUCAACAAAACACAAAUCAUGUGAACUAUGGUCAGCAGCCUGUUCCCGGUAAUACCCCCGAAAAGCCUUCAUCUCCUGGACAGCAUUCUCUCAGCGGUCAGACACCUGUGCGGACGCCGCUUCCCAACCUGCACCCAGGACUUGUAUCUACACCUAUUAGCCCUCAGUUAGUAAAUCAGCAGCUGGUGAUGGCUCAGUUAUUGAACCAGCAAUACGCAGUGAAUAGACUAUUAGCCCAGCAGUCCUUAAACCAACAGUACUUGAACCACCCUCCUCCUGUCAGUAGAUCUAUCAACAAGCCUAUGGAGCAACAAGUCUCGCCCAACACGGAGGUGUCUUCCGAUAUCUAUCAGUGGGUACGUGACGAAUUGAAACGAGCAGGAAUCUCCCAGGCAGUAUUUGCACGUGUGGCUUUCAACAGAACUCAGGGCUUGCUCUCGGAAAUUUUACGAAAGGAAGAAGAUCCCAAGACAGCAUCUCAGUCAUUACUGGUAAAUCUACGGGCAAUGCAGAAUUUCUUACAGCUACCUGAAGCUGAGAGAGACCGAAUUUACCAGGAUGAAAGGGAAAGAAGUCUAAAUGCAGCAUCCACCAUGGGUCCAGCACCUCUGAUCAGCACACCACCAGCCCGUCCCCCACAGGUCAAAACAGCAACCAUUGCAACCGAGAGAAACGGAAGCCUGGAGAACUGCAACAUGAAUAUUAAUGCUUCCAUCUAUGAUGAGAUCCAGCAGGAAAUGAAAAGAGCUAAAGUAUCCCAAGCACUAUUUGCAAAGGUUGCAGCUUCCAAAAGCCAGGGGUGGUUGUGUGAAUUAUUGAGAUGGAAAGAAGAUCCUUCACCAGAAAACAGGACACUGUGGGAAAAUCUCUCCAUGAUUCGAAGGUUUCUCAGUCUUCCCCAAACAGAAAGAGACGUUAUUUAUGAACAAGAAAGUAAUGCAGUACAUCAGCAUGGUGAUCGACCAUCCCAUAUGAUCCACGUUUCUGCCGAACAGAUACAGCAACAACAACAGCAGCAACAACAACCGCAACAACAGCAGCCACCACCACAACCGCAGCCACAGCAGCAAACACAACAGCCACCAGGUCCAAGGUUGCCCCCUAGACAGCCCACUGUGGCAUCUCCAGCAGAAUCUGAAGAAGAAACCCGCCAACAGUCCCGUCCACGAACAAAGAUUUCGAUUGAAGCCCUGGGUAUAUUACAGAGCUUCAUUCAAGAUGUUGGUCUGUACCCUGAUGAAGAAGCCAUUCAAACUUUGUCUGCUCAGCUUGAUCUACCCAAGUUCACAAUUAUCAAGUUUUUCCAGAAUCAGCGCUACUAUCUGAAACACCACGGAAAGCUGAAAGACAAUUCUGGCCUAGAGGUCGAUGUUGCGGAAUAUGAAGAAGAAGACUUGUCCAAGGAUAUGGAGGUGGAUUCCCAAGACAAAAGUACUAGUACUCUCUUUCCAGUUAAGCUUGAAGACAAUUUAACUGGAGACAGGAACACUGACAUCACUGCAGACCUGAAUGACUUAUCGUAAAGUAUUAUUUUUUUGUUCACACAUGUUAAAUUGGUAUUACUAAUCCCUAUUCCAUCCUCGGUACCGUCAGUUACUUUCUGUUUUACAUUGUACGGCCCAAUGAAUCUUGGGGGAAAAAACUUGCACAAAAAUGGAAUUGAUAGAGACAAUAUUUAACGUUUUACUCUGACUAUAAGCUUCUCUUAGCUCCAGAAGAAAAUACUGAUUUUUUUUUUCCGAGAUCUGUGUUCACUGGAUAAGCCACAACAUACUUGACAAGCAUGAAUCUAGCGCAAGAGAAUAGAAAUCUGGAGCCUUCAACCAAGCAUACAGACCUUCAGUGGGGUUUUGUUUUCUGUUUUCCUGUUCUAAUCCACUCUUGAUCUUCAGAAAGUCACACUUAUAUAUAAAUAGGAGAGUAUGUUACUCUUGCACAGUUCUAGGGUGCCGAAAAGCUCUAUACUGUGCGAUGCAGUUUAAAAUGAUAACAUGCCAACAAAUGCCUUGUGUUAUAUGGCACUGCCGUAAUUUAAACUUCUUAUGUUCUGUUUUGGAAAUAAAGUCACUGUAUUUUUUAUUUUAUUUUUGGUUCGCAUUUUGUUCUAUUGGUUAUAAGAGGAAGAAUAUGUACACAUUUGGUCCCAUUAUCUGUAGAUUCCUGCAGCCUCAUGUUGUAAUUACUUUUUGGGGACGACGUUAUUUUAUUUUUCGUUGUAUGUAAUAUUGCUUAUCUUUGUUACCAUACUGAUUCUUUUUUUUUCUAUUUAUAUAUGUAUUUUGAUGGGCAGUAAAACAAAGUGUCUUAAAAGUUUUAAAUAGAGAAAAUGUGCUUUACAGAGUUGCCUAUAAAAAAAAAAAGUGCUCUAUGUUAUCCAAGCAAUUCAUACUAUAAGCUUCACUCUUAUUGUGGUAUGCAAUUUUUACUAUCAUGCAAACAAGCUUAGGUAAAUAAAAUAAAUAGAUCACCUUAGAAACUUAUGCAAUUAAUGUGAAAAAUAAUUGAUGUGUGCAAUGUGUCUUCCCUUGGUUUACAAUCAAUUUUCAAGCUACAUCUGUACAAAGUUUCUGUAUAAAAGUGUAUUUCUUUUUUAUGAGUUUAUGCCUAUGAAAACACCAGUUAUUUUGUUACAGCUGGCUGUUUUUAUAAAUGUAUCACAAUUUUCUUUAUGCAAAGAUGUUCUGACUAGAAGUGGUUAUUGACUGUAACUACACAAUUAAAAUUGUUUGUAUGGUAUAAUAUAGUAAGGUUUGUGUCUGUGUACAGUACAUCAUGGAACAGCGGGGAAACCUUGACUGUAAGAGUCCAAGAUUAUAACUUGGUCUGUGAUAAAGCCCACCUUCUGGCCAUACUUAAAGUGUACUUGUUAUUUUAGAUAGCUUUUCAGAAUGAGCUGUCAGGUGUAUACAUGAAUAGAACUACUAUUGGCCAUUACAUAACUUGUUUAUGGAAUUUUACCUGUUUUCCUCUGGGCAGGCUCCAGGAUCUAUCUCAAAAUUUUAGGUAUCUCUGAGCUAGUGGUUGGAAACUGACUGCUAUGAUGUCUCCCACAUAAUGCACCCACAGAGGAAUCAAUUCGUCUCCCCUUUAUCUAAAGCACACACAGUAGCAUAUAAGACAUUAUAAAGCAGUACUGAGCAUUGUAUGCUGUGAGUCAUACACUGGAUUGACAUAUAACACUCACUGCAAGCUGUGGCAGACUCUCUUGUUUGUCUGUCCACUUCUCUUCAAGCUGCCCUCCUCUCCUUCCCCUUUCCACAUAAUUUUAUGGCCAGCUGUAAUCUGAUCCUUCAGUGAGCUGAUCUAUCUUGAGAUGUAAAGUAAAUGAUGGCUAUGUUGGACAUUCAAGUUACUUAGGGAGUAAGAUUAUACACAAAAGGCAAUUGGUAUUUGCACACACUGAAAUAGUGAAUGACUUCCUACUGUACAACAGAAUAGAACCUCAAAAGUCCAUACUUGGAAACUAAAUGGCAAUAAUCUGCUCUUUGCCUAUUAAAUAUAAAAAAAAAUAAGACUAUCUAAUCUAAGUAAACUGAUUUCCAUGAAAAAAAACACAUUUCAAUUACUUAUUUAAGACAGUGGAUUACCAUAUACAUCUCACUAAAACUGCCUAGACCAGUGGUCUCAAACUGUGGCCCUCCAGAUGUUGCAAAACUUCAACUCCCAGCAUGCCUGGACAGCCAUUGGCUGCAACAUCUAGAGGGCCACAGUUUUAGAUCACUGGCCUAUGCACUAGGUUCAAGAGAUCAACUGAAAGUAGAAACAGAUGAUAUCCCAGCAGACUGAAUCUUUUUAAUGUAUUGUAAAGGCAGCCUGCUUGUUGACCUACAGUUCCUUAAUGCUUAUGGAUCAUAACAUUUCAGGGAAUGCCUCUCCAGUACUAGCAUCAUCCUAAAACUGUGUAACUCCUUUUAAGUAAAAUGUGUAGGUCUCAAAUGAACAGAAAUUUGGCAUUAAUCCUCAUAAACAUUACUUGUGUGUCCAGGACAGUUAUUUACAUUUAUUAUUAUUAUUAUUUUUAUUUUUAAUAAGAACAUUUUUAAGGGGGUAUUCCAGGAAUUUUUUUUUUUUACCAUGCUACAGGGGCUGUGAAGUUCAUAAUAUGGUAUCUGUACCUGUGUGUGACGGUUUUCUCACAAUUCUUAUGUGAUUUUCACCCCAAUAUUUAUUUUUUAUUUUUAACAUCAUGCAAAAUGACUGUUGUCUCAGAUUUUUCCCAGGUUGCAAUGCGGCCGAGACCUGACUCACUAGUCAGCUGAUGACAGGGAGCCUGUCUGCUUCAAUGGGUGGAGCGAUCGCUUGGUGUCGGAGACUCGUGAUGUCACGGCCAUGCCCCCUUGUGACGUCACGCCCUCCCUUUUAAUGCAAGUUUAUGGGAGGGUAGACCCCUUGGACCACGGGUGGUCAGUGUACCAGCUUCAAAUUGUUUGCUAAAAAAUGCAAAUUUUACCUCUUUCUCACUGAAAUUAGGGAAAUUUCAAGAUAUCUGCUUCCUGAUCACAAAAGUAAAGUUGGGGAUUAGUAGCAAUAUUCUAUACAUGUAAAACAUAGACAAUUAGGAAAUAUCUUUAACAAGUUACACAGGAUAAGUUUGGGAAAACUCAUUGGGGGAGAUUUAUCAAAACCUGUGCAGAGGAAACUUGCCCAGUUGUCCAUAGCAACCAAUCAGAUUUCGUCCUUCAUUUUUGCAAAGGCCUUUCCCAAAUGAAAGAAGCGAUCUGACUGGUUGGCAUGGGCAACUUUUUCUGUACACGUUUUGAUAAAUCUCCCCCAUUAAUGGUAUAUUCUUAGGAUAGGCUUUCAGUGUGUGACCAGUAGGUAUCCAAACCCCCAUUGGGUUAGCAGAAUGAAGGGAAAACAGACACUAGUAAGCAACCACACUCCCUCCAAUGUUUAUCCAGACACAAGGUCUCAAGCUGCCAUGUUUAAGAGGCCCUUGUGCUACCGUGUUCUGCUUUUCAGGGAUCGGCCCUCAACAGAUCACAUGUUGGACUUUCAAUGUUUUUUUUUCCACCAUUUAACUCUCUGAUAUGACAGAAUGUGUCCAUCCCAUCUAACGGCUUUAUUUAACCUACAGCAUUUGAUAAUUAUGAUGGAUCAAUAAAGUGGAUUUUAUGAAAAACUGUA